AUGCCCGCUAAGGCGGUCAAGCGCGAGCAGAAGGGGGCUGCCUCGGCCCCCCCGCCCAUGAAAAGGGCAAAGGCGAAGGCUAAGCAGCCGGAGUCUGACCCUGCUGGUUCGGCAGGAGGUGCGCAGCCGGAGGCGCCGCCGGAGACCAACCAAGUCGUGGGCCCGACGCUGGACAUCAUCACCGAUGCUUUGAACGCCAUCAAGGGGUCGCCAUUCUUCGCCGACCUCGAGAAGAAAAUGCCGCUGACCAUCGCCCAGGGCGGUCGCCAGGCGCCGUUCGUGAAGGAGGAUUGUUCUGAUGCCCUCAGCCGCGGAUCCCCGUACUCAUGUGGGUGCAACCUCUUCUGGCAGGACUUCUUCUGGAGCUCCAGCUACCGCACCCCUGUGAACAUGGGGCAGGUCAGGGAGAUCGUGAACUACCACCUUAAGAGCCCGCCAAAUGUCUUCCCCAUGAACACCGUCUUCGCGGUGGACAGCUCGGACAUGGACGUCACUAAGCACCUGGGCAGUUUGCAGCGCCUCUCACCAAUCGAGCCGCAGCUGGCCUUGCUCAUGGCCAUCGCUGACGCGGUAAAGCAGCAGGCGGAGGACUCCAUCCUGUCAAAGUGGAUGCAGGUCGUGCUUUCGGCGCCAGUGACGUUCGAGGUGGUGUUGCCAGGUGACCUGCGGUAUUGGCGCGCCCAGAACAUUCGGCAGGAGUGGAUCGAGCAUGGGGAGACAGCCCAACUCACUGCGAGGCAAUGGGUGUACGACAUCGUCGGGUUCAAGGCGGCGAAGGAAAAAGAGCUGGAGAAAACGUUGGGCGCCAAGGACGUCAGCGAGCUCUACGAGAAGAAGAUGAAGUAUGCGCGGUCUACUGAAAAAGUGAAACAAACCUUCGUGGAUAACGCAAUCACAGUCCACAAGCGGUUGCUGUCCCUGGAGGCGUCCAAUCGGUGCCUUGUCUGGGCGGACGAGAACCUGAUGAACAAGUCCCCGUGGAAUAGCCUCUACGCGAUGCACGCUGUGGUCGAGCGCGCGUCGACCCCCAACAAGAUCGAUUGGGCGAUGAUGGGCCUCACGGAUCAUUACCGCAUGGCGCCCCGGGGGGGUCAGAACCACCAGGACUUCAUCAACUUAGGCGAGUUCGGUGUCAGCAAGCUCAGGGACUACAGGCAGAGCUACGUUGAAAUCUUGAACAUGAAAUACGACGUGAAGAACGAGCUCUUGUUCAAGUGGCUUCCGCGCACUGGCAUCCCAACCGAACACGUCACAUUGAUGCAAGAGAAGAUGAAUACCUUCGACGCGGUGCGGACGUACGUCAGUUCCUACCCAGGGGGGGUAGUCGAUACCACGUGGCAGGCUCUGAUUAGUGUUGGUGGCAAGCAGUCGGCUGUUUCGGCUGUCACGCUCAUCGAGGAGUUGGUGUACACAACCGAGUUCGACUCUCGCUACAGGAACGCCGUCCAGUCGAAGCUCGAGGUGGCGGAUUUUCUCGCCUACGAAUCGAUCUCCACGCGCAUGAGCGAAGUCAUCGAGAUGGUGCGGAGGGAGAACAAUGGGGGGCAUGGUACUACUGACACGCCGGCCGCGGCUGGAAGUGGCACGGGCACCCCUGCAGCUGCCGGGGCUGACAACCCUGCGGGGCAGAUGACCGCAGUGGCGGGCGACAGGCCCGCGGAGUUGAAAAACUUCGACAAGCUGCCAGAGAUGGACAAAACGAGUUGGAACAAAUUCAUCGACAAGCUCAUUCGCACGUACGUUCAGAUCGUGCCCGACCAGAAAACGGCGGCCGAGCUGGAGACCAUGCUCCGGGACUCCGCGCUCGCCACCAUCAAGGGUGACCCCACGGGGCUGGUGCUGUACCACUUCGACGUGAAGCAGUUCGGCGAGCCGCUCACCAGGCCUGAGCUGCGCAUUGCGCCCCUCAGGGAUGGCCCGUACCACCGCCUCGUGCGGACGAUGCUGAACGCGAGGGCGCCUCAGGGGCAACUAGCCCAUCUCCGCAAUGGGGAGGUCGCAGUGAUUUUGGACGGCGGGCGGAGGGGCAACGCGACCAAGUUGCUCGGGCCGUGGAAGGAGAACACCAUCGAGACGAAGAAGGAUACACCGCCGAGCAAGGGGCGCGGCUGCGAUGAGCCCGACGAUGACGAUGAUAAGGAGGAUGACGACAACAGCGACGCUGAGAAGAAGGCCGGCUUCAAAGCUUCGAUCAUCCAGCUCGCGUACACGGAGAAGAGCCUCAAGAAGCGCCGCAACAGGGUUCACGGAGGCACGGGGAGCUUGCAGCAGGUAGAGUGGGUGCACAUGUUGGCGCACUCGCGCAUUUCGGUCCCUGAGCGGCGCCGCAAGCACUUCGAGGGCAGCACCGCGGGGGAUCUGAUCAACGGCAUCGAGCUCCCAGAGUUGAGCAAGGAAUGGCACGUGACGUGGAAAGACAAAAAGGCAAUAUACGGGAAGCGCAAUCUGAUUGCGGUGGGGGGCAAAACAGAGGGCAUUCAAGGCGAGGCCGAGCGGAAAACCGACUCUACCGUUGUCCCCAUUUCCUACCACGGCAUGCCGCUUCUCUUCUACAAAGAGCUGCUGCACAUGUUCUUUGUCAAAUGCGUCCUCGACAUGACCCCGCUCAACGCGAAAUUCGCGUGGGCUUGUCUCGAGGAGAGGGUCGCAUACGUCGGGGUGGCCUUCACGAAAGAACACAUGGAGAAAAUCUACCUCCACCUGGCGGAGCUCGUGAAGAGCGCGAUGGCGGAUCCUGGGUCCAAGCUGUUCAACAAGGAGUACGCGAAAGCUGUCGGCAAGGAGGUGGCGCCGACGCCGAAGGAGCUCUGGGACCCUUUGCAGGAGGAUUAG